UCAAAACUUGGUUUUUGUUAUUUGGUAGUUAUGGGAAAACCAAAACAUUAUUUAGCUUGCUUGAGUAUACUUAAGUAGCUUCAGUACAUUAUAUUCACCAUUUACACUGAAUUUAUCAACAUUUUCACUUGGAGCUUAGCAAAAUGAUUAUUUUGAGAAUUUUGAGAAUUUUAGGACUUGUAACUAUAUUAGCGUAUUUUUCUCUAAGUAAAGGAGAGGAGCAGCAAUGUUCCCGUUACCAUUUUGAGGAACAAACACUGUCUAAAGUCUUGAGGCUUGAACACAAACUGGAACUUUUAGAGGAUAUAGUCAAAAACACGAAAGUAUCUGAGUGUAAUACACGGCGGCCAGGUUGUCCAGAUGGAUGGAUAUCUUUCCAGGGUUCUUGUUACCUAUUUCAACACACUCCGAAGGACUUAGUCAGUGCAGAGGAUUUUUGCGUGGAAUACAGUGCUCAUAUGGUCCGCAUCGAUAGCGAAAUUGAGAAUUCUUUCCUGAAGAAUCGCCUGAAAGAGUUAAAAGAUGCUUAUUACUCGAUUGGUUUGACUGAUGUUGAGACAGAGGGAAAAUUUAAAUGGUAUGGUACUGACGACGCGGCUUCGUUCACAGACUGGAAUGCAGGCCAACCCGAUAAUUCUGGAGGAAUUCAGGAUUGUGCUUUGUUUCAUCCUGGUAUGGAUUUUAAAUGGGAUGACGGAAGCUGUUCGGCUAAACGUAAAUUUAUAUGCGAAAAGAAAGCGGACUAACAUAUGUUUGAAAAAUAUUUUCUAACAUUCAAUAUUAAGUAUUGGACUAUAUGUUCUCCGUAACAUGUACAGAUAUGCUGCUUUGUAUGUUU